UGAGGUGAGAGGAGCAGAAAAAAAAACUCCACUCAGACUGAGCUCCUAAUGGGAGAACAGUUUGAGAACAAAAAUUAUCAGCUGGGUCAUGGCAGCACCACCACUAUAUUUUAGAUGCCACACUUCCCACGGGUAUAAUCGCUCAAACAGGUUCUCGGUCUACUGUUGGGUGUGCCCAUUUCUGGGUAUUCCCGGGUACCCCUCAGGGGCCCUGGAGCUCAUGUGGGACCUCAAACAGUUACUAAGCAGCAACUUUGAAGAGGCUGAGGUGAGACUUGCCUUUCAAACAGCAAUCAGCUGCAGCUGCCUGUGGAGACACACCUGUCUAUCAAACUGACCACACCCCGAAAUUUAAGUCUUAAAAAUCCAAACAGUUGGAAAAAAAUAAUCACCCUGAGGGGACUGGGCGACUAAACCUCUUCACUACACCUUACUUGAAUCCUGUAGGUGUGGGUGUCAUACUGAAACAGGUGGGGCCCUGUGAUUGGUCCAUUCAAAGAAUUGCUGCCUGUUUAUUGGAUAAAAAGAUGACAGUAACUUCUUCAAACUCAACACCAACCUCUCCUUUCCCCUUCCUUCAACAAUUGCACCUCCUUCUUCAACAAUUAGGCUGCUUGGUCUGUAGGUAGACAAAACCUCAGUUUGCAGUUUAGUUUAUCCUUAGUGAAAAUUACACUUUAACUGCCCUCUGUCUGCAUUUUGGGUCACAAACAAGACAUUUUUCCUGUACAAGUCACAAAAUGACAAUUUUCAAAACUGCUGGAGGGUCAUGAUGGAGCGAUGGAGGACCUGCCGAUUGCUUCACGACAGCGGAAAUUUCAGUUGGAAGACCUGUGAAGUACCUCAACAAAUGAAGCCACGAACAUCCAUAAAACAGCAUGUUUUAAAGUAUUAAGGCUAUUUUUUUUCCAUUUUUGAAGAUCUGAUUUCUUGUCUAUACUUCCUGGAUUUGGAGGGGAAAAUGACAUUUAAAAAAUAUUUCCCCAUCAGAGGUACAUUUGUAAUGUGUACCACACUUAGUCUGGUGGGAAGGUUUGGUCAAAUGGUGAAAAAACAAACACCUUGUAUCUUUUCAUGGCUUUUCUGGAAACAGUCCCCCGCUAAAUCAGGUGAAGGUGUCUUAAACAGUGCAAAGUCAUUUAUGGUUUAUGCCCUUUAUGACCAGAUUCUAUUAAAUGUAAAAUUUCACUUUGUACUUGUGUAAGCACAUUUAAAAUUAACGUUGUUUUUCAUUUUUGUACAUAACUUUAUAAACAGAUUUUGCACAACUGCAUUGUGUUAGGUUUAUAGACUUAUGGAUUCUGGUCUAAUCUGGGAAAUUUAAAGACACAUGACCUACUUGUUUUGUCAGUUUUGCUGUUGUCUGUUUGGAUUGGGAUGAUGUUAUUUUGUUCGUUUUAUAAAGCAUGAGCCAGUAUAUCCUCUGCAAAACGAGGUAAUGAAACACCUUUUCUUAGUAUUUAGAGGCUCGACCAGUUGAACACAAAAAUCUAGUCUGUAAAGAAGUAGUACCGCUUUGUGGCCCAUAGAGAGCAGCAGCGAAAUGCAUUUACUGUCUUUGGGAAAUCAGUCGAAGAAGUAAAGAGAGGAAACAAACAUGAGCUGCUGAACUUCAGCAGCAGAGGAUGUCUGGUUUUAUGAGUACUACAAACAAAGUCACAGUCAGACAUGUUCAGGCUGGAAACAUUUGAGAGUCAGUUGUCGUCUGUGAUGGAGACUCUGGUGGAGGCGGCCGUGACAGAGCUCGGGAGACUUCUGGAGAGGAGCUCGGCUCCGGUUAUGGCCGCUCAGCAGCGCUCAAAUGCGGCUUCCGUAGUCGCCGUGAAGCGCGAGGAUGAGGAGAGGGAGGUGACGCUACGCAGACAACUCCUUCACGAGGAUGUCACGAACCAGUUUGCUUCCCUGAUGAAAAAGUGGGCUGAAGUUGCUGUGGAGAAAAUCUCCUUAAUUUUCAGUGUGUCCAUGAGUGACGCCAGAGAUGCUCCUGCUUCAGAGAAACCCAGAGCAGGGCAGAUCGAUACUGGGGGCAGAAAAAAAUCUGUGUCCAGAAAGAGAAAUAACAUGCAAGGAUCGCAACCAGCAACAAGACAGAUGAGUGAUCACUUAUACUGUAGAGAGGAGGAACAGAUCGAACAGUCAACAGAUGAAGCUGACCCAGAAUCUGUGCCAGAACCUGCUGAUCCAGCAUCACAUGAGGAAAAUAGCUCUGAAGUCCUCUCUGAACCUGAAGUCACAAUAGCAGAUCCUGAACUAGCCUCCAGUGUCAUUGAGGAAAAUGGCGUCCAAAAAGACACUGAGCAUGAAUGCACUGCUGUAAAAAUCGGAAGGAAGCAUCCCACCAAGGACUUCACAUGUCCUACGUGUGGCAAAGCAUUUGCUCUGAAGUGUUUGAUGAACAGACACUGCCUGACUCACUCCAAGCCUCACCUUUGCUCUGAGUGCGGCAAGCGCUUUGCCGGACUCCGUGGGCUCAUUGCACAUUCGAGAAAGCACACCGGGGAGAAGCUUUACAAAUGCUCCAAGUGCGGAACGGAAUUUGCGUACAAAUCGACCUUCCACAGGCACAUGCGUCAGCACAACCUAAACAAACCGAUCACCCACACGUGCUCGCUGUGCGAGGAGCAGUUCACGGGGAAACAGGCGUUUCAGCGACACAUUUGUUGCGCGUUGAAGAAGACAUUUGUUUGCUCACUUUGCCCAGAGACCUUCGAGUGCAGGCAGAGCUUGGACGAUCAUGAGAAUCUUCAUUCAGGAAACAGAGAUUUCGACUGCAAAAUGUGCAGCAAGACCUUCUUCUCGUCUGCAUCUUUGGCCGCUCACCGAGUUACCCACACACAAAAGGAAAACUGCGAGGUGCUCAGCCUCGGUUUCAGUGACACGAGCAAAAACGCCGGAGAAAAGCUUUUCACCUGCGAGGUGUGUGGCAAAGGAUGCAGUCACAGGAGCGCCCUGAAGCAUCACAUGCUGACCCACACGGGCGAGAGGCCAUACGUCUGCGAGACCUGCGGCAAACGCUGUGGACACGCCAGUGCACUUCAGAACCACAUGAGGAUCCACACGGGCAAGAAACCAGGAGAGAAGCCCGUCUGCAACGUGUGCGGCAAGAAAUUCCGCUGCAUGGUCAAUCUCAAGUAUCACACGAGUGUGCACACGGGGGAAAGGCCGUACGCCUGCGAUCAGUGCGACAAGAGAUUCAGCAACCCGAGCAAUCUGAAGAUGCACAUGAUGACGCACUCAGAGGAAAAGAUGCACAGCUGCAGCAUCUGUGGCAGGAAGUUCACGCAGCUCUACAGCCUGAAGCUGCACAGGCAGGUGCACGCGGGAGAACGGCCAUAUCACUGCGUCGUCUGUGGGAAAACUUUCAUAACCAACAGCGUGUUCAGGACCCAUCAGAAAGUUCACCUGCAGGAGGCAGGACAGGGGCAGACUGGAAAAACUGCAGUGAAAAUCUAAAA